AGGAGCCGAAAUGAGCAAUGAGAGCCGAGUGUACCCUGUGUUUACUCCGGCCAGCUGUGCCAUGCCGCUGUGUGCUCGCCCCGCGCCCCACUGUGCCUAGCUGUGGUGCUGUGGUGCUGUGGUGCAGGCUGACGUGCAGGAUCCUGGGUCUUCUCUCUCAGCACACAGGACGCAGCAGUGAUGGGGCGGCAGGUGUCAACAGCAGUGUCCGACCUUGCCUUGGCGGCGUCAGCAGUGUGGGGCUUUCGGUCGCUCAGCCUGCUGGUGGGCACUGACCGUCGGUUUGGCAAGUGGUGGUUCAUGCUCCAGACCUUGGCGGCAACUCUCGGCACCGUCAGAUUUGGCCAGCUGAUGCCGAGUUACCAGUCGUCAGUGGAGCGCUACCACAAGAACUUCUCGUGGCUGUGUCGGGCCAUCGGUGUGCCCUGCCUGGCUGCCGAGGUGUGCAUCAUGACGGGACACAACACCCCAGGACAGGGCUUCCUGGUGCUUGCCAUGGCUUGCUUCGUUGCCUCGUCCAUCAAGAGUCGCCACAAGGAUAAGAUGGUGGAGCUGGUGAAUGCACUGUCAGUCCUCACCAUCAUGGGGCUGGCUGUGGCAGGAGGACGCAUCAUGUUCGCCUGGGCCGGGGCACUGUUCGUCACCUCGGCUCUGAUAGGGGCCGAGGGGGAGGUGUUUGGGGUGCAACGAGUGGACGUCUUCCACUACCUGCUGGUGGGGGUCAACUACUGCCUGGUGGAGGGCUUCAAGGGGCCCUCAGUGGCAGCAUCUUAAAGGAGGAGGCUGUUCCUGGUGCAGGUCCCCCUACACCUGCUGCCUGCUGUUUUAUAUGCUUGUGUGUGUGUAUGUAUGUGUGCGUGUGUGUGUGUGUGUGAGAGAGAGUGAGUGUGUUCUUACCUUUUUACAGGAUUGAGUCAAGCUCGUAAUGUCCCGUCUUUUAAAGUUGAUUUGUCGUUUGUAUCUUUCACGUUGUGAAUGUUCCUUGUACGCACAGCUUGGUCAGUCGCUGCAUUCCAUUGGCUGAUUGUUCUGUCAGGAAAACUGUAUUUCCUGACAUCUUCCUUUGCUCUUUUUGUACAGUAUCUUACUGUGUCCCCUAAGUGUUGAUUGCUGUGUGUGUGUGUGUGUGUGUGUGUGUGUGUGUGUGUGUGUGUGAGACAUCUUCAGAACAGCAUAUAUAUAUAUAUAUAUAUAUAUAUAUAUAUAUAUAUAUAUAUAUAUAUAUAUAUAUAUAUAUAUAUAUAUAUAUAUAUAAUACAGUUCAUUGGAUACCAUUUACAAGUAUGAACUAUUUAGAUACACAAAAUAUCCACAUCAAGCUGUACGAAAGUACGGUAAGAUUUGGUAGAGUACUUAAAUAGCCCUUAUGAAAUCAUUUUUUACUGCAGUACUCAUGAUAGUCAGUUUUGUUUGCACAUAUAUAAAAAAAGAUAAAUAGAUAGAAAUUAGUGUACCAAGAGAAAAUGGUAAAUGUAAAAGAGGCACUGGGUCCGGGCAAGAAAACUGCUUGAAGAUGGCCCACUAGAGAGUGCCAGUUCUCAGAGAGAGAUCACAAAGAAUCACCCAAGAAUAGAGGAUAAGUAUCUAUAGAUAUUUAAAGUAUAAGUAGAAUAUAGAACAUCCACUCUCAGUAUUUGUGUCUGUCAGCAGGAAGUGGCUAAACAGCGCACAGUAUUGGGAAAAAAUCUAACGCACUCCAAAACCACAGUGAUCAUUAUGAGUGGUAAGAGACUCUGGUUGCAAGCCACUCCCUCUUGCUGGAUCAGCUCACUGUUUUGGAAUCUGCAGCCUUUUCCAGUGCCCGUCAUGCACUCUGGUUAGUUGAGUCUUUUGUUAUGGAUGAUCAUGCUGGAGUGCUAUUCUCUGCCAUGUCGGUUAUCGUCACUGAUGCCAGCAUGUUUAGGUGACUUGUUAGGUUAUGCAGAGCUAUGAUGGACACAAGGCUGCAGCUCCUUCAAUACUAGUCCUGGUGUGCUACUGUGUAUGCUGAAGAUGGUGCUGCUUGGUGAAAAGAGAGAGAGAGAGAGAGAGAGAGAGAGAGAGAGAGAGAGAGAGAGAGAGAGUGUGUGUGGGGCAAAUAAUUAUUACACAGGCAAAGAGUUUAGUCUGUGAUAGUGCCAAAGGUGGGUCUUUAGGGGUGCUCUCUCUCUCUUUCUCCCCCCCCAGCCAGUUUGCAUUCCCUGUUUUACCGUCACAGUUGCCUCACUUGCCCACCACUGUAUUCUCAUUGUAAUAGUAAGGUUGUGUUAACGAGUCUCUAACAGCGGGUUGUUGUUGAUGGAUUUCAUUAAUUAGUUAAAUGUUUGGAGGUUUUGUAAUACAUUAAUCUUGCUUAUAUAGAUUAUCUUAAUUGUGUCAAGUUUUAUUAAAUUAUGAAAUUAA